AUGACCUGCCUUAUUGUCUCCCUGAUCAUCGCUUGGAUGUUGUGUAACUCGGCCGGCUCAGAGAGAGUCUUUCAUUCCAGGGACCGUUCCGAUGUAAAGGUGACACAUGAGGCAAAUUCCGUUGCUGGGGAGAGUUCUGCACAGAGAUUCCUUGCCAGGUAUGGAUGGAUGAAACCUGUUGAUUGGGAGGACUCUUCACGCGAAGAGGUGGCUGAUGAAGACCCAGCUCCUCCUGACCUGAUGAGCGCUGUAGGAGAGGACAUUGAGGACUCGCACCAGAUGGACGGGCCGCCAGACCAAAGUACCGAGAUCCCAGGGUUUACACAGGCCUUGAGGAUGUUCCAGGAAAUCUAUGGUCUGCCAGUCACUGGUGUGGUGGAUGCAGCCACCAGAGAGGCCAUGAAUGUGCCAAGAUGUGGAGUACCGGAUCAGAAGACCCAGCCCAAUGUCCCCGUGUCUCCUUACGCCACCGCCGGCACCAGCCAGACCCCCGAGAGAGACGCCAACGCGACGGGGAGCGUCCCUGUCCGCAGGAAACGGUUUCUCCACCGCUACUUCCGCGGCCAGAGGUCCAGGGGGAGGAGGAUGGAGUUGGCCGACGGCAGAGUCUCCGGCCUGGCCUUCGGGAAGCGUCGGCUGAAGUGGCGCUUGCUGAGCGAGGGCUACAGCUCCCAGAUGGCAGCGGGCGAGCAGAGAGCGGCCAUCAGGUUGGCCUUCAGACUCUGGAGCGAGGUCACGCCCAUAGACUUCGAGGAGGAUCUGAGGUCCACGGCCUCGGUGGUGGACAUCACACUAGGAUUUGGAACAGGCCGCCAUUUAGGCUGUUCGCAGGUGUUUGACGGGGCUGGCCAGGAGGUGGCGCACUCAUGGCAAAAUGGAGUCAUCCACUUCGAUGAUGAUGAACACUUCACAGCCGUCAACAGCAACCAGGGAAUCAACCUACUGCGGGUGGCGGUACACGAGGUGGGCCAUGUCCUGGGUCUGCCUCACAUGUACAGCAGGGGGUCGGUGAUGCAGGCCAACUACAGUGUGGAGGGCAGGGGCACGGAGCUGGACAUGGCUGACAGGGCAGCCAUCCAACAGCUGUACGGGGUGUGCGAGGGGCCGUUCGACGCUGUCUUCGACUGGGUCCGCAGGGCCAGAGCACCGGACGGCAGGCUCACCCUGGCCUUCAACACCUACUUCUUCCGCGACGGCUGGUACUGGAUGUACGAGAACCGCAACAACCGGACGCGGCACGGCGACCCGCUGCCCGUCUGCACCGGCUGGCACGGCAUCCCCAGGCAGGGCAUCGACGCCUUUGUGCACGUCUGCACUUGGUCGAAGGAUGCCACCUACUUCUUCAAAGGAACCCAGUACUGGAGAUACGACAACAUCAACGACCGUGCCUACACACAGGACCCGCACGGCGUCAGCUUUCCCAAGCUCAUCUCCAGCGGGUUCCCCGGCAUCACCGGACCGAUUAACGCGGCCUUCUUCGACCGGCGUGACCAGUGCGUCUACUUCUUCAAGGACAGCACGGUCACGGCGUUUAAUGUCAACACUAACCAGAGGGUCGCUGGAUUCCCUAAAAGGAUCAUAGACGUCUACCCACCGCUGGACCCAGGAGACCAUCCCUUGGGUAACCUGGAUGCUGUGUACUACUCCUACACCUACAGGGCUGUUUUCUUCUUCAAGGGGCUCUAUUUCUGGAGGGUGGUGGGCCGGCGUGAGCGAGGGGCCAGCCCCGGCCUGCCGUACAAUGGGUUGUGGCCAAGACGCAGGGUCAGCGAGCAGUGGGUGGACAUCUGCAACGUCCGCCCGCCCACCAACACGUGA